AUGGGGAGGGGGCGUUCUCCGGGCAGCACCGGGUCUCCGGGAGGGGGGGGGGGAAGAGGGGGAGGGGGACCUGGAGCGCGGCGCGCGGCCGGGAAGCGCUUCCGGGAUAGGCGCGCCGCGCCGCACGCUCAGUGCGGGGCGCUGAGGCCGCCGGGCGCGCGGCCGGGGGAGGGGCCCGGCCUGCGCCGACCAGGCUCCGACAUGGCGCUGCCCGCGCGCCGGGCUAUUCCCGCCCUCGCGAGACUUGCCGAGGAAGGGGUGGGGGGUUUGAACGCGCGCGGACAGACUUCAGGCAGUUGUGAUGAAACAGAUUGAUUCAACGUGGACUUUUCACUGACGUCAGUGAAGGCUGAAAUCUUCCUUUUGAGGGAGAACCUUGCAGAUGGUUCAGUGGGUGUGUGUUGAUUUAUUUUUUUUUUUGUCCACAGACUGGGCCUUAGUACGAGAUUGUAUUCUGCUUCAGUGCCUUUGUCAGCUGGUCUGAAGCAUUGCCUCCCAAGUGAUAAAGGCUGUGAAUUGUGUUUCUCAUUUCUUGUCAUGUUCAAAUAUAUAUUUGUUUGGCUAGCAUCUGUCUUUUGUAUGUCUUUUCUUCUUUGUGGUGCUGUUUAUCAGAGUCACAGAAAUACCAUAGCAAAGAAAUUAACCAGAGGCAGAUGCAGAG